CUCUUAUUCACGUAAAGAUAUGCCAAAAUAGGAGAAUGGGGUGGAAUCAUAGGUGGGCCCACCCGCUGAAGAAACGUCAUUUACAGCAAGGACGAACCGCCGGGUCACAGUGGACCUUGCAAGGUUCCGGCGCUGAUCCUACAGCCCUACUCAACUAACAAUUAGUGCCGCAGGGUGCCCGGUAGUACUAGGUUCUAGGCUCGUACUUUAUCUGAAACUUUCCAUCUCGACCCUCAGCUUUAAAUUCCUACAUCCAAUAUUCUUUCUCGAUGGGGACACAAGAUGAAGAAGACACUGUUGUUGUGUUUUAUCCAUGGCUUCAAGGGGGGUGACGACACCUUCGGCGAGAAGUCCGAAUUCGCCCAGCAUCUCGCCGCCAUCGUCCGCGUUGCCCUACCCAAAGUCUCCGUCCGCGCUGUGACAUAUCCGCGCUAUGAGACCCGAGGCGACUUAAAGGAAUGCGUCGGCCGCUUCCGCGACUGGCUGCUAAACAAAGUCAUCGACCUCGAAGUGGCCAACGGCACGCACUCCCCGACCGUCGAUCCCUCCGUCCGCGUCAUCCUGAUUGGCCACUCGAUGGGCGGCAUCGUCGCAGCCGAAACCGCCAUAGCGAUCGCAUCCGAAGUACCCAUCACCCAAGACGACGCCGACAGCAUGGCGCCCAACGUCGGCGAGCCGCUAACCAGCGGUCUCAUGUUCCCCUACAUCCAAGGCGUGCUAGCUUUCGAUACCCCGUAUCUAGGAAUCUCCCCCGGCGUCGUCGCCCACGGCGCCGAGGGCCACUACAACAACGCAGCCGCCGCGCUGACACAACUAAACGGGCUCUCGAAUAUCUUCUGGGGCAGCUACAACGAAGCAGCCAGUAAAAGCGGAGCGAAGAAGCCGCCCGCAGCGCUUCCCGCCCCGGAGCCAGCAAAAGAGAAGAAGCAAGAGAACGGUUGGGGAUGGGGCCGUAUGGCAGUAAUCGCCGGCGCAGCCGGAGCCAUCGCGGCGGGUGGCGCGGCAGCCUACAUGAAUCGCGAACAAUUAAACUCGGGAUGGUCGUGGGUCAGCUCCCAUCUCGAGUUCGUGGGAUGUCUGGCGCGAGGGGCGGAGCUUCGAGCGCGCGUAUCGCGCAUGGUGCGUCUCGACAAAGAGAUGGGCGUCGGAUUCGCCAACCUAUAUACGCGGUUAGGAAAGGCGGCGUCAUCCAAGGAGGUCAGCAUGGUGGGCACCGUCAUGGGGAACCAGCGCACUUUCUGCAAUCUGCCCGCUAAGAAGGACGCCGGGUUGUGGUUGGAAGCUAUAAAUGAUAAGACGAAGGACGAAAUUGGAGCGCAUAUGGCUAUGUUCGAGCCGAAGGAGAACCCUGGAUAUCGCAAGCUAUCCGAAGAUGCUAAGCAUCUCAUCGUACGCUGGACACGUAACGAGUGGUACGAAACGAGCACGCGCAAAUCAAUCGAAGCGUAAUCGUACAUCGUGUACUAAGUUUGAUUCUGAUGUAUAUUUGUUUUUGAUACCUAGGAACACCCUAUAUGGU